GGGUCGCUGUUUCCCUUAAACAACAUACGAGGGGUCGCUCUUGCACCGUGAAAGCCCUGACUGUCAGUUGCAUGAAACCUAAGCUGAUCCUGCGAGAGGAGUCCAGACUUGUCGUCACUGAGCCGCUAGCUGGGCGGAGAAAGCGCUCGAUCUGUUGCUGCCGGGUCUAAGUGUUUGAAUACAGAAGAGGGAGGCGCACUUGCGCGGCGUGUAAACGGCAGGAAAAUCUCUCACAUUCAGAGGCGCAAACGACAAUUCAGGAUCCGCUCGUUCUGUGCUCGUUUUCACAAAGGGAAUUUACGUUUUGUUCGUAUUUGCAGGCUUUAUCCGUUAUUUUUCUUACUAGAGGAAUGAAUGACCAAGACAAAGGCUGAUGUGAAAUUGAUAAAGACGCUUAAUUCUUCUACAUUAGGAGCAAGACAAACCAUGGAUGUUGAAAACGCGAACAAUGAGAGCCCAAAGCCCGAGCCACACCAGUUUGAGCAGCAGCAUGCCGUCCACCCGCAGAGCAGUGGCGAGAAGAAAAAAGUGAACCGGGCGCCUUCACCGGCCAGACCAAAGGAUGUUCCUGGCUGGUCCCUGGUAAAAAGUCGUGGCGGAGGUACAACCAGUUUCCAUGUUAAGACGGGGCUUCUGCAUCUUGGCAGCCGGGCAUCGAGGCGCAGCCCCGGUAACAGCAAAGACUCCAAACCCGAGAAACACAAGCAGGCUGCCCGCACGCCUUCAACCGGCACCGGUGCUCACAAAACUGGCUGUAGCAAGUCUGGAAAAUCUGCGAGGAGGAAGAUCUCGGACGCCAGCAACGCUUCGGAUGAUCUGAGCAAAGACUCGGGCUGUGCUCCCGGCAAGCAGUCCCCCACAGACAGUAGCUCGGAAAUAUCGGAUUGUGCCUCCGAGGAAAACAAGCUGUCCACUGACGCCCUGAGCAGCGACACGGAGUCCAGCAACCGAGGAGGGAGAGGCGUCGCCGAGAGAACGGGAGAGCAGUCCGCUAAAACCCCAAUCGAGACGGAGCGGCGGCUCUGCCUGGGAGUUGGCACAGCCGACGGGGAAGGAGGCAUCUCGCCGGCGGAUGAGCGUUCUACAGCUUCUCUGGACAGCCGUCUUCAUAUCAGUACCUCACUGGCGUUUUCCGAUAUGACGGAGGAGUUUAUGGAUGGGAUGCAGGAGGAGUUUGUUAGGGAGAUUGAAGAGUUGAGAUCGGAAAACGAUUACUUGAAAGAUGAAAUUGAAGAAUUACGAUCUGAAAUGCUGGAAAUGAGGGAUAUGUACAUGGAAGAGGAUGUCUAUCAGCUUCAGGAUCUCCGACAACAGCUAGACCAGGCCAACAAGACAUGCCGCAUUCUUCAGUACAGACUUCGAAAGGCGGAGCGCAGGAGUCUGCGGGUGGCACAGACAGGCCAGGUGGAUGGCGAACUAAUCCGUGGCUUGGAGCAGGAUGUCAAGGUAGCAAAGGAUGUCUCAAUCCGUCUUCACAAUGAGUUAGAAGCGGUAGAAAAGAAACGCUGCAAACUAGAGCAGGAGAAUGAAGAACUACUGCAAAAAGUUCUCGACCUGGAGGUGGCCAAGCAGGUUCUUCAAGCAGAGUUUGACAAAACCAAAGAGAACUCCUUGAAGAAAAGAGGAGUACGUUCUGUUGGCAAGACAGACAAGAAACCAUCGCCUCAGGAGGACAGUGCUGAUCUCAAAUGCCAGCUACACUUUGCAAAGGAGGAGUCAGCCCUUAUGUGUAAGAAGCUCACAAAGAUGGCAAAGGAUAAUGAAAGCAUGAAAGAGGAGCUGGUUAAGUACAGGUCUCUGUAUGGAGAUCUUGAUAGCUCACUGUCCAUAGAGGAGGUAGCUGAUUCACCUCACUCCAGAGAAGCGGAACUAAAGGUUCACCUAAAACUAGUGGAAGAAGAAGCCAACAUUCUUAGCAGGAGAAUUGUGGAGUUAGAAGUGGAGAACCGUGGUCUGAGAGCUGAAAUGGAUGACAUGAAGUGCCAAGGUGACCGUGAACAUGCAGGCCACUUGUUACUGGCAUCCACAAAUUAUGGUGAAAAUGGAGAAAGUAUAAUAGAACUUAAAAGGCACCUCCAGUUUGUAGAAGAAGAGGCUGAUCUUUUGCGUCGUUCCUUGAUAGAGCUUGAGGAACAGAAUAAAAUGUUAAUGAAUGAUCUAAACAAGUACAAGUCAGACCAUGACUUGGAUACCACCCUGUCAGAAGACAGCUGUUCUGUCAUAAGUGAGCCAUCACAGGAGGAGCUGAUUACUGCCAAACUCCAGAUUGGUGAGCUAAGUGGGAAAGUAAAGAAGCUUCAGUAUGAGAACAGAGUUUUGCUAUCAAACUUACAGCGCUGUGAUCUGGCCUCCUACCACUCCACUCGACUUGCAAUGGAGACUGAUGCUGAGGCAGGAGACUCGGCCGAAUGUGUUCCAACAACCUUUAGGAGAGAAGGUCCCAUCGGUGGAGAGAAUGAUUCUGGAGAGAACAGGGAACAAAAGAACAGAAUUAAAGGCAACCACAACAGAGAUACGUAUGAGAUGUGUGCACCUGAGAUUCUCAGAGGCAAAGAUUGCGACGAUCUUAUUGCCAUUAAAGAUCAAGCAUCACUUGUAACUAAAGCCAUAGAAAUGCUGAUGUCAGAAUCCAAUGGGUUCAUGUCAUUUUCUAAGCUCUGUCCGAAUGUUGAAUCAACAGAUCCGAAUCUUAGCGAAAAUUUGGAAAGAAAUGAAUGCAACAUUGACAUAAAGUUUUUCAAUGCCCUUAAUAUGCGAUUGAGUGCCUUACAAAGAGAGUUGUCCAUCUUUAUAGAGAAGGUAGACACCCUUGGAGACUCAUUGAGGGAGCAAACAGAAGCCAUUGUGCCAUAUAGUCUUCUAACUGAGCCACAAGACUCUUUAGCAGAUGUUCCAAGAAAAGAACUUGGCAGUGAUCAGAAGCAGCCUGAAUUUAGGGGCCAAAUGGAGCGGGAGAUAGCCGGUCACAUCCAAGGACCACAAGACAUUUACCUUAAUGGUAUAACUGAAGACCACAACAACGAAAGUGGCCAAGAUGCCAAGGUCAAUCGAUGGGAUGAGCAAGACAUCCUUUCAAUUGAGCGGCCAUCAGAACAGAUCAAAGAGUUACAGUCACUUCUCUACGAGGCAAAAGAGAGCAUCCAAAGCCUGCAAGAGCAGCUGUCUCAGGAGAGGCAGAAAUACAGAGAAGAUGCAGAAUGCUUUGCUCAGAGGAUCACACAGCUGAAAGAGGAGCAACAGAAGGCCUUAGUGCGGCGAGACUUUGAGUUUCAGAGCCUCAGCUUGCAGACGCGUCUGGAGCAGAAAUUCUGGAGUCAAGAGAGGAAUUUGAUAGUGCAAGAGUCUCAACAAGUGAAGAAGAAUAUCCUCCUGCUCAACCUUAAGCUCAGGUGGUUCCUUAAACAGUGGCGCUUGGGCAAGAAGCUGGAUAAUGAAGAGCAGGACUUCCUUGAGGUUAAAAGUGUGAAAGAUCUGUAUAUGCUUAUCCACCAGGAGGACUUGGCUUCUCACCAAGUUGAUAACAAGACAGUGACAGCUGAUGAUCCAUCCCAGAAUUCAUUAGUGUUGGAGAGAACAAACAACAUUCCAGAGAAAAGCUGCAAACAGGCUAGCGAACUCAGCAGUGCCUUCGUGGACCUUAAGGAGGCUGUGCGGGACAUGUGUAUGGAACUCCAGGAGGAGAGGCGGAGCUCCCAAGAGCUGACUCAGCAAUUUGCAAAAGCAAAGGCUGCCUGGGAGGUUGAGAGGACAGAGCUCAAAUGCAGCAUCAGUCAGCUGGAUUGUAAGGCCAGCAAGCCAAAUCUGGAGAAGGCCCCAGCAGAACUUAAAGCAGCUCUCAAGAGGGAACGAGAAGAACACCAGCACCUACUGGCCGACUCUUACGCGGCUGUCAUGGACCUAACCAAGCAACUGCAGAUCAGUGAGAAGAACUGGAGUCGAGAAAAGCUGGAGCUGCUGGAGCGAUUUAGCCAGGAACAGAGCCAAUGGGAACAGUGCAUCCGGGACUCCCAGAAUAAACUCAACCAGGCAUCACCAGAAAAAAGUACUGAAAAAGAAACUUUGUCUGAAGCGGAAACUAAAGGAACAAAUCUUCAGAGAACAAAAUCAGUUUCCUCUAUGUCAGAGUUUGAGAGCCUGUUGGACAGCUCACCGUUUAUUCCUUCUGACCCUCACAAUGACUCCAACAGAGAUGACAGCAAAGCUCAGCCAGGAGUUCCAGAGAUUCCCAGUAACAUCUCAGACAUGGCAGAUUUAAAUAAAAAGAAUUGGAAGUACCUGACAAAUGAAAAGGCCCUCAUUGAGAAAGCUGAUCCUUUCAAGACAUGGGACUGCUCUUCAACAAUGAAGAGCUUCUCCGGUCAUGAUCAAAGUUUAGCAAACAUGCAAAGGAGUUACACUGCACCAGAUAAAACUGGCAUCAGGAUUUACUACAGUCCACCAGUGGCACGCAGGAUGGAUGGCUCUUUAUCGCAUGGAACUAAUGAUGGAAAAAUGAUGGUUGAACCGGGGUAUUUGUUUACCAUGGCCAAACCCAAAGACCUAGAAAAAUCGGAGAACCCUUUGGAGAGUACAUACAGUAGGUGGUUGUGUAACUUCUCCAAGCAACACCGGGAUUUGCUAGAGGGCAGCUCUGUCUCACAUUCAGUUGUGGCAUCUGGUGGAUUGCCUUCCUCAUUCCACAGCCUAGAAAUUUCCGGCAAUAUGAGUGAUGAUAUGAAGGAAAUGACAAACUGUGUGAGGCAAGCUAUACGAUCAAGUUCAUUAGAGAGAAAAUCCAAGGACACUGCAAGUCAGACCAUCAUUGUCUCCACUACUGCCACUCAGACCACACAGUUUGUCAGCAUUGGUCUUCAGACUGAUGGCCCAAGAAGUAGCCUACAUACCAAGAGUUGGUCACCAAGGAAUUCUUCUUUGAUGUCAGCCCGCAGCAGGCAGAUCUCUACCUCCUUGGAAAAAGUGCAUAACAGAAUUGAGCGGCCAUGUUGCUCACCUAAGUAUGGUUCUCCCAAGCUGCAAAGGAAGCUAACUACAUCCACGUCCAAAUUAGACAGCACAAAAGACAGAAGUCUUUGGAAUCUGCACCAUAGGGGCCACAGUGGGUCAGCCUGGGCUAGAUCUACUACAACCAGAGACAGCCCAGUGUUAAGUGGACUCAAUGAUGGGCUGUCAAGCUUGUUCAGUGUAGUGGAACAUAACGGGAGUACAGAAUCCCUGUGGAAGGGAGUUACCCAAGAGGCCAAAACCAAGACUGAGGUACCAAAAUAUGGCAUUGUCCAGGAGUUCUUUCGCAAUGUCUGUGGCAGGGUACAGACCCCCACAGCUAGUGUGGAGAGGCAACACAGAGAGAUCACAAUAGACGAUGGCUGCAAAAAAUUAGACUGUAAUCCUUCUACUAUUGUGUCCUCUCUUAGUGGCACCCAAACAGAUGCUGUUUCAAAAAUUGUGAGCAAAAGGAUCCUGAAACAGAACACUAAGGAUGACCAAAGCCAAAACACUAAAGAUUCUGUUACAAGGGACAUCAGCCUGAAUUCUUCCAUUGCACUUGAGGAUGUCGCCUGCGACUGCACGUCACAAUCCCUCACCUCUUGUUUCUCCCGAUCAGCAAGGUCAGUGACGCGCCACUCCCCAGCACAGUGCAAGGCCCGCACUUCUGACCCCUGUGCAGCUGAAGAGAAAACAGAUGGCUCAGAGUAAGGGUUUGCACCAGGUCUAUUGCUACGAUGGGACACAGUGCUCACAGCAAGAAGAGAAACAUUUCUUUUUAAAUAUUUAUUUACAAGGAAAAAAGAAAGCCAAGUAAAACCAGCAAUGAAUAGUGAAACUGUCUGUAGCGCCAUUUUAUUUCUACCAUGUUUCUUACAAUAUAUUGUUACUUUCAGAGAUAUUUUUUGGUUCCCUUGUUCUGCUACACUACAAGGCGACUUUGUCUCCCUUGGUGUGGGCACAUGUUUUUACUUUGGAGAAAAAUAUUUUACAGCACAUUUAAGGCCUUCCAAAUUUGUUUCUUUGUACCAGAGUGAUCAUUUAGAAAGAACAUACAUACCUCCAAUUAGAGUGAUUUUUAAUAAGAACACCUUUACAAGUCCUGUGAGAUGUUCUGAGCUCUACGAAUCCUUAUUGUGGCUCAAAUCAGUGCUUAUAAACGUUUUAUUAUUCAUCCACCAAGUUAUGUAGCCAGGGAAUAUUUGUUAAAUAUGCAAAUAGGCACUUCACGGCCAGUUUAUUUGGUAUGCCUCUCUGUUAACUAGUCCACCUUGCAGCUUGACUAUAUCAGAAAGACCGAAGAAGAUGUCAAUGUGCAGCAAAAGGAUGAUCAAAUAAACUCUAGUUAUUUUAAUUAAAGUGGUUGUGCAUUCUCAACCUACCCAUGACACUGCCAUGCAUGACAACUUCAGCAAGAUUGCUGUUACUGAUAAACUCGUGCCAGCCCAUGUGGUAUGUUCAAAGCUAAUGUUUAGUGUUCUCCCUGUGAAUUGCACAGAGAUGCACACAGUCUGACGACGCCUGUCUACCUGCUUAUAACAGAACUGUCCACACAUACGCUGUCACUGAUCUGGUGGAAAGGUGUACCUAAUAAAGUGACCGCAUUGUGAAAUGCUGCAUUCAUUAACCGUAAUAAAUAUGAUCAUUCUCAAAAAAUACCCAACAUUUUUCAACUUCCAAAUAAUUAUUGUGGCAGUAAAACAAUAAAAAAGUAUUAGGCCCCAUUUAUGCCUAAGCUUUUUUUCUAGCAUUCUAGUGUUGGACAGGAACACUCCUAAAACCACUUGUAAAGUUACUUGCUAUUAUUUUUCAAUAACAGUAAUUACAUCUAGUUUUCCAUUAGAAAACCAAAUGAGGCAGGAAGACCCGUUUCUGUCUCUAAGCAGGAACUCUGGGUGUGAAAACAAAGGCUGAAAACCACUGGUCUGAGUGGCGAGAAAGGGCAGUUGUUCCACAUUGAGACGUAAACUGAGUGACUAGUUAGCAAAACAGAAAACUAAAUUCUGUUUGUUGCCCUUGAGUUUAUUAGCUUAUCAGCAAAUAUGUAAUAAGCACAUCAAACCAAUGUCAUAAUUGCCUAAAAUGUUGUGCUUUAUCUCUCCUGAUUGGUUUCUGAGAUUUUAGUUAUGGUCCCCUUCUUGGUGUUUACGCAGAAUUCUCUUGGAAUGUUAUGAGAAAAUGUGUAGAUUCACCAUUAAUAGGAUAUCGCAAUCCCAGUUAUUUUUUGUUGCAUCAAAAAUGAAACAAAACUUUUAAAAAUAGACAUUCAUUUAUAAUAGUCAACUAUUAGAAAUGUGCAUGUGGGACCAGUGAUUUUUUUUUUUUAAUAUUACUGCUGUCUUUCUUUUUUGAAAGAAUGGUUAUGAAUAGUAAAUUUUACUAUUAACACUUAACCUUUUAACUUUUUUUUUAUUCUUUUUAUACUGAGGAAAUUACUUGGUUUAACUUAAUGUUUUGUAUCAUUUCUAAAUGGUGCUGAAAUAUACAGAAUUCCGAGUUAUUGGUAUACUAAGAAAAAAGUUUUUUUAAUUUUGGUAUUACAAUAACAACAUGAUUGAAGGAAAAUCACUGUACUGGGAUGGAUAAUUUACUGUACUGUCAUGUUUCGACGUGUCUCUGACGUUGAUCAUUUAAUCCCUAAUUUUCAGAAGUGCACUAAAUAGUUUUUGGCACAAUCUGCUUAAAUUUGAUUUAUUUCUGAUAUUUUUACAUCCUUACUGCUACUUUGUCACUCACUGACUGACAUACAGUGUCAAACAUAUUUUCAUGAUGACAUUAUGGCUCACUUCAGGGCUUACUAUUCUGAAACCUAAACUUGACAACCAAAUUUACUAAAUCACCGUGAACACCCACUUACUCCCCUCUGCAGUUGUCUUUUGUAAUAAAAAUGAUUCAAAAAAACACCAACACUGACAAUAGUGAUGUCCACAUCCCCAUGUAGAUAACUCUGGAUCUGUAACCUUCAACAUCCAGUUCUAUGUAUCCUGGUAACUUUGUGACUCAAUUAAUUUUAAUCCUACUUUCGCUUUUCUUUUCCACUUUGAUAAGAAAAAAAAAAAUGUCAAUGCUUUUCCAUAUUAUUCUGAUAUACUUCACAAAGAGUUCAUAGAGAGUUGACGACCUCCCUUCUAAAACUCCUCAUUUCAGCACAGCUUUACUCUAGUGUCACUUGAACUUAAACUGUUUUAUUCACAUGUUGACAUAUUUAUCACACCGUUGAUCAUCACUGCCACAUCACCCUUUUUAUUUCAUAUGUUACAAAGUGAAUUGCCUUUCUUUCAUAUUUCAUGAUACUCAGAGUUAUGGAAAUGAAUUGAAUGAAGACAAUAGAAUCUACUGUGAAACGUAACUGAAUGCGGAUUUGAGAGAUGUACGCCUUUUGAAAUGUGGAACUGAGAAACCAGAACUGUUUUACGUUGUCUUCUUACUAUUUUGUUCCUGCACUGGCUCAUGGUCAACUCCACGCACAGUAUACAUUUAUAGGGACCUUCAGGGAAGCUUGCAGAGAUCCAUGCAUAGCUGGAAAAUGCAGAACACUACAUGACCAUUUACAGAGGCUACCUCACCUUCCCUCCCUUUUCUAUUAUAUACUCCAUUUCUGUUAAACUCAGUUGAAAUCAAAACACUAGAAACCGGUGCCUUUUUUUGUACAUUUAUUUUCCAGAGCAUUUCAACAAAUGGUUACACUUCAAUAUACUGAGCUAGCGUAAUAAAUAAUUAUCUGUGUUUUUCAAUCUUUAAAGAUGUUUUGUUGAGAAUAAAUGAGCUCGGUUAUACUAUUGUUAACAGAGAACAUUUUAAUAGGAGAAGAAAGUGUUCUACUUAGACUAAGGUGCAGGCAACAAACAUUUUAACUUGAAUUUUGUUCAUCACUAGACACAUUAACCAGUAAUGGGACCUUCCUUAGGCUUCUGCAGCCUGGCUGCUUCUUUAGUUUCUUUUGAUAAAAUGUAAGUGCGUACUUUACCACAGCGCUGUGUUCAGAAUAACUGCUUAGGUUAGGCGAAGCUUCCAUGACAUUUGAAAUGCAUUUUUAAAAACGGCCAUUAGUUUGAUGUCGUACAAUCACAGAUUUGGCUAUUUUUGUUAAACUUGGUUAUUUUUAAAGAUUUCAUUUGUAAAACUGACAGUGUCAUACAUUCUGUGUGUAUUACGUUGUACCUCAGAUGAAGCCCAACAUUUAGCCACUACCACCACACAAUGGCGUCCUUGCUUCUUGUUCACACAUUCCAUUUGUUUGACUGUUUGCAGAUGUCAAACACAAACGCCCAGCCACUCAAGUAGAUGGCCCUUUCCUUAAAUCAUUGAAUAACGUGUCUGUUCGUGGAUAUUGUAGGUAAUCAUUUCAAAAUAGUGUCAUAUAAUUACCCUGUUACUUUAUCAAGUAAUCCUCCAAGAACUUUUUUUCAACAUUUUCUUACUGAAGGGGGAAUGAAAACCAAAUGCCAAUAUCCUUCCUUAAAGGUUAAACAUAAAAGAUUUCCCAGUUUAUCCUCUAGCCGAUAAUUUGGGUAUCUUCCCAAACACAGGCAGACAUAUAAUUAACGCUCACUUACCUCACUUGCGCUUUGGUGUUAUUGGUGCUUCUUGUGCUACAUUUUCAUUUGGCAAAAGCAAGUAGAAUUCAAAGCAAGGAAAAAAAAAAAAAACGGUCUUAAACUUUACAAUAUGUUGGUACGGCAGAUGAUAUCGGAUACAGUGGCCAAAUCUUGAGUAAGUAAGUCCAAAAGUUGAGUAACGACAGAUCUUUCAACAUCAGGAUUCGCCUCCUUCACUUUAAAGGUUGACACCAUAGUAAACAGUGGUUUUCACCAUGCUGCAUUGGCAUUGCAUUUUUCUUUGUUUUUGUUAGAG